AUGAGCAUGUACCAGCUCCCGGUGGUGAUGGACAACGGCUCGGAAAUGAUGAAGGCGGGCCUGGCGGGGUCCCGGGAGCCCCAGUUUGUGUACCCGAACAUUAUGGGCCGGGUCAAAGGCCAGAGCAGGGCGGCGCUGGGCGUGCAGGAGCUGUACGCGGGCGACCAGGCACACAGCCGGAGAAGCGCGCUGGCCAUCAGCUACCCAGUGGAGCGUGGCCUCAUUACUUCCUGGGGGGACAUGGAGAUCAUGUGGAAGCACGUCUAUGACCAUAGCCUGAAGCUGAAGCCCUGUGAUCAGCCGGUUUUGAUCACUGAGCCAGCCCUGAACCCACUAGCCAACCGACAACAGAUCGCUGAAAUAUUUUUUGAGCAUCUGGGGGUUCCUGGCUUCUAUAUGUCCAUCCAGGGGGUGCUGGCUCUCUUUGCGGCUGGCUUCACCACUGGCUUUGUGAUGAAUUCAGGGGCUGGGGUUACUCAGUGUGUGCCCAUUUUUGAAGGUUACUGUUUGCCUCAUGGUGUCCAGCAGCUACCUCUGGCUGGCCUUGACCUCACCAACUACCUCAUGAGUCUGUUGAAGGACCAUGGUAUCGUACUGCUUAGCGCUGCGGACAGAAGGAUUGUCGCAGAUAUCAAGGAAACCUCUUGUUACGUGGCAAUGAACUACAAAGAGGAAAUGGACAAGAAGUGUAGUAGCUUGGAGAAAGUUUACCAGCUGCCUGAUGGGAGGGUGAUCAAGCUCUAUGACCAGCUCUUUCAAUGUCCAGAGGUCCUUUUUUGCCCAUCUCUCAUGAACCUGGAGACCAUGGGCAUUGAUAAGAUGUGCUACAGCAGCAUAAUGAAAUGCGAUAGAGAUCUGAGGAAUUCCCUUUUCUCCAAUAUCAUCCUUGCCGGGGGAUCAACCUUGUUCCCUAAUUUAGACAGGCGGCUAGUUAAAGAUAUAGCAAAGUUGGCGCCUCCCAAUACCCCUAUACAGGUUAGGGCUCCCCCAGAAAGGAAAAUAUCGGCGUGGAUGGGAGGCUCUAUUCUUGCGUCCCUGUCUGCCUUCCAGGAUGUGUGGAUCACUGCUAAAGAAUUUAAAGAAGUAGGUCCCAACAUAGUACACCAAAGAUGCUUCUGA